GAAUGAUUCCUAUCAAGAUUUCCAAGCCAGUUCUUCGGAUUUUCAAAUUUCGCAAUGGCAAUUUCCCUUGGUAAAUUUCUGCUUCUGAUCUUGGGCUUCGUAGCUCUUGCCAGAAGUACAACGUUAUCCAGCUUUCACGAGAAUGAUCCCGCCCCUGGUGGUCUUGCAUUCAAAUACCCUUACCCCGUGCACUUCUACCAUUUCACUUCGCAACAGCAAAAUCUAACCAUGGCUUAUAUGGAUGUUCCUCCCUCCAACACCACGUCCUACACCGGAACCAUCGUCCUCCUCCACGGUAAACUCUUCUGCGGUGCAACCUGGAACACUACCAUCCGUGCUCUCUCCUCUAUCGGCUACCGCGUCGUCGUUCCCGACCAAAUCGGCUUCUGCAAAUCCUCAAAAACAAUGCACUAUCAAUUUUCCCUGCACCAACUCGCCACCAACACAAAUUUCCUCCUCCAAUCCCUCAACAUCACUUCCGCAAUCAUCAUGGGUCAUUCCAUGGGCGGCAUGCUAUCCGCUCGCUACGCGCUCACCUUCCCCUCUCAAACCCAGCGUCUCAUCCUGGUCGACCCCCUGGGACUCGAAGACUGGCAAGCUCUCGGAGUCCCCUACCAACGACCGGACCUCACCUUCGUCACCGAGCUCGCCACUACCUACACCAGCAUCAUGACGUAUCAGAAAUCUACCUACUACGGCGGAACCUGGGAUCCCGCAUACGACGAAUGGGUCAACAUGCUUCUAGACGAGUAUACAGGACCGCAGGGUCGCACGUUCGCGUGGGAUAUGGCGUUGGUGACGGAUGCGGUUUUUGUGGAACCCGUGGUGUAUCAGUUGCCAAAUUUGACGAUGAGGAGUCUGCUCGUGGUGGGGGAUUUGGAUAAUACGGCGAUAGGGAAGGCGUGGGCGCCGCCGAGUGUGCAGGCGUUGAUCGGACAUUAUGAGGUGCUGGGGAAGCAGGUGGCGGCGAGGGUUCCCGGGAUGGAUUUGGUGGAGUUUGAGGGGUUGGGUCAUAGUCCACAGAUCCAGGAUUUUGAAACGUUUUGGAAGGCGCUGGAAGAGUGGUUGGGUGAGGUGUAGGUGUGAGGGUGAGGGUUGAGGGGGGUGGGAGAUUAUGGGGUUGUGUAUGUUUUGGUCGAUUUUCUCUGGUGUGCACUGCGAGUGAGUGACCUCGUGGGUGAUUUCUACCGAGAUCUAUAAUUUAAAGUACGAAGUAUUAGAGAUGUUAUGUUAUCGAAAGUAUAUACUUUCACGAUUUGAUAAAUCUAUCAUUGGAAUGUGUAUUA